AUGGCGCUGCUGGCGCUGCCCCUGGCGCGCGCCUCGACCGAGUCCCUCACUGCAGUGUACGCGCGGACGUUUGAGAAGGCGGCCUUCGGGUUUGCAAAGAUGUACCUGUUCUGCCUUUUCAUGCGCGUGCUGCUGAGCUGGUUCCCCGGGAUCGACUGGAACGCGCAGCCCUGGACCUUCCUGCGGCUGAUCACGGAGCCUUACCUGCAGAUCUACCGCGGCAUCCUGCCGCCGCUCUUUGGGCAGCUGGACUUCACGCCGCUCUUCGGAUUCCUCAUCCUGCAGGACGUGGUGGAGGUGAUGGCCCCCACAUACACCAUGGGGCUGCAUGUGGUGGACACCUCAACCAAGUGGACCACCAGCGACGUCAUGUGCUACCUCGAUGGCUUCUGA